AUCCUCUUUUGCCGCCCUAAUGUGUUUCAAAGCGCUUUAUUUGACUUGGGACUGAGGAGCAGCGGGAGUAAUCGCCCCGUCUGGGGAGCGUUUACGGCUUGGCGGCUCAAGGAUUGGACUCGGCGUCGAAAAUGCGCAAUGGCAGACGAGGUUGGCCGUCUUCACGAUAUGACCGACUGACACGUUAGCUCGGGCCUCGAGCGUAUUCAUCCGCUUUGCAUCCUGCCACCAACACGUUUGCACGCGCAAACGAAUCGGGUGAACACAAACGCCCGCUUGUUCUUUUUGUUGGGUUUGUUUUUGUUCGGUCGACACGCCCGACCUUUCGAUCAAAGCAUCGUUUGGAUUUGAUAUCGACGCUAGCGAGACUUUUGUCCUUGGAUGCCACCCGGCGUUGCGUUCAUGCAUGUCAAGGAAAAGCGUGUUGUUUGUUUACAAGCGGAUUACGAUCAUGACGCGGUUCACCGAUCAGAUUAUAUGGAUUGGGGACAUUUUAGCAUGACAUCUGGCCAUAAGAAAGGAUUCAUCCGGAGAACGACGUGAUUUGAAUAGACCGGUCCAAUCAUCAAAGCGAGUGGCGACGUGCGCUCAAUGUCAUGCAAGUGCUCAAUACAUGUUGUCAGUAAAUGCUACCAACGGCCAAAACCGUCGACGCGGGAGAAAAUAUGGCUGGCCUCCCACAAAUCGCCGAGGCUCAACUCCCGAGACGUGAUCUCAGAAGAUGUCGGCAAUCUAGUCAGACGGCUCUUGCGCUAGGAAUGAAGGUGCGCGACAUGAAAGCAGCUAACGCACACCCAAAUGCUGUUUUUUCGAUCUUCCCCAAAGCCACGAAUGCAAACGGCUGACCUCUGGCCCACGGAGACCAAGCGUUUGGUUACUAGGCAGAUGUUGUUCAUAUUGAAAGAAUGUGUUGUGGUGUAAAUUCCCUUCUCUAGCGAAACAUCAUCCUCAUCCGUGGAGGGCACGGGCACUGUUGUGCGUCAUUUCACGCUGGAAAUAAAAGGCCGGAAUUAAAAAAAAAGCAGGUGAUCUUUGCCAUGGUGUCGUUGUGUCUUCUGGCAGGCAAAUUGCUGAGUGAAGGAAAGGAACACUCGCUAGCUCUCUUUUUGCGUUGACAAAAUAGAUACGGUGUGAAAGUGUCCCAUUGCUAUUUCCAACGCGCUUCCCCUCAGGAGACGAGGCCAGCUGACGUUGGGCCGGAGGCGGGGGACGCCCCGAAGCGGUUGUCAGCCAAUCGCCGGGCAAACACAGACGAAGCACCGGCCACGCUCACAACCACGCCGACGGACAAUUUGGAGCCUUCCGCAUUCGGCAUUGUUCACGCGUCGCGUCGCGGCGCCGUAAACUGUGUGCCAAAACAUCCGGCGUGAUCCUAAAUGGCUCGGCCGGCGCUCCGUUGACAAGAGUCGCGCGACAAUGGGAGCGGCCAGCGGCGAGCGGCCUUCCAACCCCCAUCCGAGCCCAGCCCGCCCCGGCGCCUCCUUUGUUCUCCCUCCUCCCACCGAGCCCGAGCAGAUGGCGCGCCGCUCGGCUUGACGGACGGUCGCGCCGCGCCAAUCGGCUGCCUGGGAAUCGGCUGACCGGCGCGGCCGGCGCCAGGUGUUUUGAUCAUUUGUCCCCGCCCCCUCCCAUCCCAUCCCAUCCCAUCCCAUCGCUACCCCCUCGCCCCGUCGUCCAUCUGCUGGCGGAGAGCAGUGCUCGCGGGGCGACAAUUCUUGCGUGGAGCCCAGCAGCCCCGGGACUGAUCGGGAGGGACACGCGGCAGCGAGAGAACGGAAUUCGACCUCUUGUGAUGCUUUUGUCGCGCCGAGACAAUCACAGGCGUUAUUUGGGGGUGGGGUGGGGGGCUUGUUCCUUGGUGACAUCUUGCCCUUUUCGGAGGAAGGACCGGUAAAUGUCAUUGAAUCGGAACGACAAGAAGCUUCUUCUGCUCCGCAAUCUACCUAUUCGAGACAUCGCUCGGCUCCCCCUCCCGGCGGCUCGACCCCUCGACCCCUUCCGGUCCGAGUCCGCCGGAUGACUGUGAGUCACGGUCUUCAAAAGUCGCCCGUCCCUCUUCCUGCCCUGCCCCAGCAUGGCUAGACGGAGGUUGGGGUGCUUGGGUCCGGGCCAGAUCUUCGCCGCGGCGAUCGCGGUCUCGACGAGCCUGUCCCUCGUCCAAAGUAGCGACUGCCCCCGGCUGUGCGUGUGCGAGACCCGGCCCUGGUUCACCCCGCGGUCCACGUACAGAUACGCCACCACCGUGGACUGCAACGACCUCCACCUGACGCGCAUCCCCGGGAACCUGUCCAGCGACACUCAGGUUCUCCUGCUGCAAAGCAACUACAUCGCCAGGAGCGGCGAGGAGCUGGAGCGGCUGUUCAACCUGACGGAGCUGGACCUGUCCCAGAACAACUUCAGUCACGUCGGCGACGUCGGCCUGGCCCGCAUGUCGCGGCUCACCACGCUUCAUUUGGAAGAGAACCGGAUCGCGGAACUGCCCGACGACUGCCUGCGGGACCUCGGCCAUCUGCAGGAGCUCUACGUGAACCACAAUCGGAUCGGCGCCAUUUCGGCCCGGGCUUUCUCCGGACUGGGCGCUUUGCUCAGGCUUCACCUGAACUCCAACAAGCUGAAGACCAUCGACGCCCGCUGGUUCGAAUGGACGCCCAAUCUGGAGAUCCUCAUGAUCGGGGAAAAUCCCAUCGGCGCCAUUACCGAUUUUAACUUCAAGCCGCUGGCGAACCUGAGAAGCCUGGUCCUGGCCGGCAUGGAUUUGACCGAGGUCCCCGCCGAUGCCUUCGCGGGCCUCGACGAGCUCGAAAGUCUCUCGUUCUAUGACAACGCCUUGCCGAGAGUUCCUCGAGAAGCCCUUCGGAAGCUCCCCAACCUCAAGUUCUUGGAUCUCAACAAAAAUCCGGUGCGCAAGAUCGCGGAGGGCGACUUCAAGAACAUGCUGAGGCUGAAGGAGCUGGCUCUCAACAACAUGGACCGGUUGCUUUCCAUCGAGCGCUACGCUCUGGAUAAUCUUCCCGAGCUCACCAAGCUGGAGGCGACAAACAAUCGGCAGUUGUCGGAGGUCAGCGGUCGGGCCUUCCGCGACCUGCCGGCCCUGGAGAGUUUAAUGCUGAACGACGACGCGCUGAGCGCCCUCCGUCGGAGCACGGCCGAUUCUCUCCCCAACCUGCGCGAAAUCGCCGUCCACGGCAACCCCUUCCGUUGCGACUGCCUCAUCCGGUGGAUGGCCGCCGACCGGACCGCCGUUCGCUUCGUGGAACCCCUGUCCAUGUUUUGCGCCGCGCCGACCCAGGUCAGGGGUAUGCGCGUGCGGGACGUUCUGCGGCAGGAGCCGGAAAACCGCUGCUCGCCCGCCUCCCCCGCUCGCCCGGACGCCGAGGUCGACGUGGACGUCGGCGCCGCCGUCGUCUUGGACUGCGGCGCCGCGUCCCGGCCCGGGACGGAAAUCCAUUGGGUGACGCCCGCGGGCGCCGAGGUCACGGUCGACAGCCGCUCCGAUAAGUACGGACUCGGCCGCGAAGGUACCUUGAGGAUUUCCCGCAUCGGGGUGGAAGAUUCCGGCAGGUACACCUGCGUGGCGCGCGACUCCCAAGGAGCCGACGACGCCAGGGUGACGGCCGUGCGGGUGAACGGCGCGCGGCGGAUGAACGUGGACGCCGAGCGCACCGAUUCCCACUCCGUUCUGCUCUCCUGGAAGGUGAAAGCCAACGUGACGACCGCCCGCCUGGAGUGGUCGUCAGCCGCCAUGAAAAUAGACGACCCGCACCUUACCUACGCCGCCGAGGUUCCCGCGGACGUCCGCCAGUACAACCUGACGCAUUUACUGCCCGCGACCGAGUACGAGGUUUGCCUCACCGUCUCCGACGUCCGGCAACGAACGCAGCGGUCGUGCGUGAACGUCACGACAAGAGGGGCCACCCUGGCCGCGGGGGUGUCCCGGCGGCGAGCGAGCGACGCGGCUCCGGCGGCACUUAUGGGCACCGUGCUUGCCGUCGUGGGCCUGGCCUCCCUGGGAGCGUACGUCGCCAAGCGCCGGAAGCGGAAAAGCUACCGCCGUUCGCUGAAAAAGUACGUGGCCAAAACCUCGGCCAUCCCCUUGAAUGAGCUCUACCCGCCUCUGAUCAACCUGUGGGAGGCGGACAGCGAAAAGGAGAAGGAAGCUUCCUCCGAGAGCAAACCUGGCCGGGUGGACACAACGCGAAGCUACCGCAUGUGGUGAGAGGCAGCGCGGCCGCGGAGACCCAUCGCCUCUUUUCAGUGCACGUGAGACGGGAACGAGCGCUAUGGAUGAUUCCUUUGGAUCUCAACAUCGGGUCCAGCGCCUGUUUGGACGGACGCGGGCAGCUUUCUUUGUCUCCGUGACUUAAGGAGACUUGUUUGUUUGAUUUGCAGCGUCCCGGAAUCCGUCCCCGUGCUAAAUGCGCACCUUUCGACCCGUUCCUUGAGCGGGAGCGUCAAGACGCCGCUUCACUCCCGACCGUUGCGCACUGAAAUGUAUUGACGGACUCCGGCGCAAGCCCACCGAGUACCUUCCGACUCGAUACGCUGUCUCUCGGCUCACGUCGGCUCUUUUGACGGGUUUCACAGACUUUUUCUCCAAGCGAUCACCGCCUUUGAUUUCGACUUUGUUUUGCGGCGCGACUACCGUAAAACAGCGAUAGAAACAUGAAUGUUGGGAACGAGCCGAAGGGGCUUUCUACAUUUCUUGAAUAGUUUUUAGCUUGCUCGAAGAUGUCUCACCAUCACUUGUUUUCUUCUUGUUUAUACGCGACAUGUUGCCUGAUAAUCCAACAAAAUAAACAUUUCCUUCAUCUUA